CCGGCGGGUGGGCGGACCUGACCCCCCGAGCGGAGCUGGGCGAGCUGCCCGUCGUCUCCCGGCCCCUCGGCCAGCUCGGCCCCGGCGACGUCUGCGAUCCGCUGCCGGACUGUCCCGGGCGGGCCCCGGAGGACGGCGCGUUCCGCAUCACAGUGAUCACCUGGAACGUAGGUACAGCCAUGCCCCCAAAUGAUGUGACGUCCCUGCUGCACCUCAACACGGGGGAGACAAAUGAUGUGGACAUGAUCGCCAUUGGGCUGCAGGAGGUAAACUCCAAGAUAAACAAGCGUUUGAAGGAUGCCCUCUUCACAGAUCAGUGGAGUGAACUCUUCAUGGAUGUGCUGAGCCCCUUCCACUUCAUCCUGGUCAGCACAGUGCGGAUGCAAGGUGUGAUCCUGCUGGUGUUUGCCAAGUACUACCACCUGCCCUUCCUGCAGGACAUCCAGACAGACUGCACUAGGACAGGGCUGGGGGGAUACUGGGGCAACAAGGGUGGGGUGAGUGUUCGUCUCUCCAUCUUCGGCCACAUGGUCUGCUUCCUGAACUGCCACCUGCCAGCACACCUGGAGAAGGCAGAGCAGCGCAAGGAGGACUUUGCCACCAUACUGCACAUGCAGCAGUUUGAGGGGCCUGUGGCCAACGGCAUCCUGGAUCAUGACCUCGUGUUCUGGUUUGGGGACCUCAAUUUCCGCAUCGAGAGCCUGGACAUCUGUUUUGUGAAGUAUGCCAUUGACAGCAAUGUCCUGAGCCAGCUCUGGGAGAAGGAUCAGCUCAACAUUGCCAAAAGCACCUGGCCUGUUCUCAGAGGCUUCCAGGAGGGACCCCUGAACUUCCCACCCACUUUCAAGUUUGAUGUGGGCACCAACAAGUAUGACAGCAGUGCCAAGAAGCGAAAACCUGCCUGGACUGACCGCAUCCUGUGGAAGAUAAAACCUCCCAGCAAGGGGUUGGGCACAGGUGGGCACCGGCCCAGCCAGGGUGUGUUGUCAGUAAGCCAGCUGUGCUACUGCAGUCACAUGGAAUACACCAUCAGCGACCACAAGCCAGUAGCUGCCAUCUUUGCUGUGCAGUUUGCUUCCAAGGUGGACAAGCCCCUGGUUGAGAUUUAUGUGGCUGAUGAGUGGAGCAGGCCUGAGCAAGCAGUUGUCAGGUACAAGAUGGCUGUUGGCUUCCACCGGAGCUCCUGGGACUGGAUAGGACUCUACCGGGUGGGCUUUCGGCACCCUAAAGACUACGUGUCCUAUGUCUGGGCUAGGAGUGAUGAUGGGGAGCGCUGCCUGGAGAAGCAGCUGUGUGCACAGGUGAUGUUCUCUGAGGAAGCACUGCCCAAGGGGAAUGGCGAGUACAUCCUUGGAUACUACAGCAACACCUCCAAUAGCAUCGCUGGUGUGACUGAGCCCUUCCAGAUUUCCCUACCCAGGUCAGAGGAGGGCAGCAGCUCUUCGGACAGCUCAGGCAGCAGCUCAGAAGAGGAUGACAGUACACUUGUCCUCCUGGCCCCUAAAUCCCGUAGCCCCAGCCCGGGCAAGAUGAAACGUCACCGGAGCCGAAGCCCCAGCCUGGCCAAGUUCCAGGGCCUCAUCCUGCGGCCAUCAAGCCGGGACAGGGGUACAAGCCGCAGUCCCUCACCCCAGAGCCGUCGCAGCCUCCCCAGGAAUAUCCCUACUAUCCAUCUGCCCCAGGAUGAGUUGGGACACCACGCAGGCAAAAGCAAGGAGCUGGGACAGGCAGCCAAGAACCCAGAGGGCAGUUCGUUCUAUCAGACUGUGCAGGAGCAAGGUGGCCUCCGGUGUAUGUCUCCUGACAGCUCCCUGGCCAGGGCUGACCCCCGGAACCUGGGCCUGCUGCCUGCAUUGCGCCUGGAGAUGAUUGACCAGGCCCUGGGCCAGCGGCAGGAGAGCUCAGACCAGGGCUAUUAUCCCUGCCGGAAAAUGAGCCCCACCAGCCCCCCAGGCUGUGGCACCUCCCCAAAGGAGGGGCACAGCCCCCAGGAACUGGACAGACAUAGCUAUGCCAUGGGCCACUGAUGUAGCGGCUCCCUUUCUCCUCCCCAUAGCGUGCUUGCUGUGUGCUUUCCUCUGCCACUUCCCUGCUGACGACACUCCCUACCUUAUUUAUUGCAGUGACUCCUCACCCCUGCUGUGUGCCUGGCAGGUAGAGCCCCCCCCACCCUCACUGCAUCCAGCCCAAGCUCCUGCCCUGGGCAGGGCUGUGAGGUGACAACACAGGGGAGGGUGGGCAAAGCUCGUUUGGGGAAUCCCUCAUGAACUUCCAAGUGCAGGACUCUUGUCCCAUGACAGGAAUGUUGACCUCACACCUGAGGUCGCACAAGAGGCCAGGGCAGGGCUCUGGCAGGAAUGGUGAAGGGCACAGAGCAAGGACCAGCACAGGGUACCCUGGAGAUCAAAGCUUGCUCCUUCCCUGCUCUACCACUGUGCCUCAGCCUGAACAUAGUGCAAGUGACAAAAUAAAUGAUCCUGCCCACCCCA